UGACAUAUGGUUUUAUAACCCGGCCCAAACCUGUUACACAGGGCCCACCGGUCAGACACACCCACUCGCUGACUCAAGGGGGCCACCACUCAGCUAUACUGCGGCUACCCAAGCUCCUGCGCCGGCUUCCUCUGCUCCACUCCACUGCCAUCCGCCCGCCGUGACAAGAAAGCAGAGCAGCUGCGGCGCCGGCCGGCCAGCUCCAUCUCCGCGAUUCCUUCCAUGGCCGGCGGUGGCGUCGUCGGCGCGGGGGCGGACCGCCGGGAGGGCGAGUGGCUGCGCGCGUACGGCCGGGCGGCGGCGAUGGUGCCGCGGGUGGAGGCGCUCGCCGCCGGCCGCGCGCGGCUGGAGGCCGUGAACGCGCUGCAGCACGAGUCCUGGGAGGCGCGCGACGUUCUCCUCCAGUGCCGCCUCCUCCAGGCGGAUGAGAACACGAGGAUGUGGGAGGCAACGUGCAUGGCCCAGUAGCCCUCCGGCGAUGACCGGACGUUCGCCGAUAAGAGUGAAGGAAGUUGAAGGUGGUGCAGGGCAUUGCCUAAACGGCGCAGGCCAUGAGCACAUUGCAGGAGAUCUAGAAGCAGCGCUAAGACUAUUGAACCAAGCUCAUGAGGCACUGAUUGCAGACAAGGAUAAGGAAACUUCAGCACUGAUUGCAGACAAGGAUAAGGAAAUUUCAGCACUGAUUGCAGACAAGGAUAAGGAAAUUUCUGCACUAAUUGCAGAAAAGGACCUCGUGCGAGAGCAGUUUACGACACUGGAGCGGGACUAUGCUGACCUUCGUAGCUACAGCAGUAAACAAGCAGCACAAGUUACUGAAGCAAAGCAAGAGCUUGAGCAGCUGCAAGUGGCAUCCCAAAAGAAGGACGAUGAGAUUCCCAAACCGCGAGCACGAGCAAAAUCAGUUGAAGCCAAAAGGAAGGUGCUUCCUAAGGAUAAGCGACAGGAGAUGACCUGUAUGCCCAAGGAGACAGAUGGGCAAAUUGAAAAAUGCAAAGAUGGGCAGCCUGAGACUAGUGAAAAGUGCAACAAGGAUACGAGUGAGACACACACAAAAAAUUGUUCACAAGGUCCUGGUUUAAGGGGGCAAGAAAUGAAAAUUUGUUCUUCUAAGCAAAUGCUAGCAAAAGAUGGGCAACCUCAGACUAGCCUGAAGCGCAAGUGCGUCACUUCCUCAUUACCAAAUUAUAAUGAGCAGAAUGCAAAUGAUGAGGAAAAGAGUAAUCAAGUUCUAGAGCCUCUCAACAAGAAGAGGGUACCAGAGAAAGGGGAAGUGGAGCAAGAUGACGGUAAGGUCAAACUCGCCAACGGUGAAAGCAAUCGGCCUGCCCAGCAGUCGAUGAACGACAUGCUCCUCAAGAUCCGUGCCGUGAAGGAUAGUUUGAGGGACAAACCUGGCAAGUUUGAGGAGUCGAUGAUAAACGCCGCGAUCCUCUACGUCCAUGCCGUGAAGGAUAGUUUCAGGGACAAACCUGACAAGUUUGGGGAAUUCUUGGCGCUCCUGCGCGGAGUCUAUAGCAAGAGGAUCGAUGCUCGAGCCUUCGCCAGCGCCUUGAAGGUCCUGUUCGACGGGCGCCCUGAACUCAUACUUCAGUUCAAUACGUUCAUGACAUCGUAGUUCAAUACCAGACCGAGCUCAGGAAAGACGGCAGGGCUGGUUUAAUGAAAUGUGGCCAUGAGUCCCGGCUAGCUAGGAGCAGAUGAACUGAUAACUGCUGCCACUUUUUUUUGUAGACUGAUGAAGUUCCAGUCUUCCAUUUUGCUGGUCUUGCCGUGUGUGAAUUCGUUUCCGGAAGCUGAAAAAGUAACGUGUAAAUUAUCUAUUAGGACUCUCUGCCUAUUUUCCA